GAGACGACUAGCAGCUAAACUCCAGUCUGUUGAGGCGUUCAGGAACAUCAGAAGGAGAGACGACCAGCAGCUAAACUCCAGUCUGACGAGGCGUUCAGGAACAUCAGAAGCCAUAUAAAGAGGUGCAGCACCAAAAAGACUUUAACUUCAGCUGCAGAAUCAACUCUCUACUCUUAAACAUGGCAAGCAAACAUUCCAGCUAUGAAGCUAUUCUACGAAAUGAUGAGGAGCUGAGGAUUGUGAUGGUGGGGAAGACUGGGAUCGGGAAGAGUGCCACAGGAAACACCAUUCUUGGGCGUAAAUGCUUUGAAUCAAAGUUCAGUCCCACAUCUAUGACUGAUGAGUGCUUUAAGGCCAAGGCUGAAGUGGAUGGACAAACGGUUGUUGUUAUUGACACCCCAGGUCUCUUUGACACCAGGUGGGCCCAGGAUAAAACACAUAAAGAUAUAAAGCAGUGCAUCUGCUAUUCUUCACCUGGACCACAUGUCUUCCUGGUUGUUGUCAUGCUGGGCAGAUUCACAGAAGAAGAAAAGCAGUCAGUGGAGAAGAUCCAAGAAAUAUUUGGCCAGGAUGCAGACAAAUAUAGCAUGGUUCUCUUUACUCAUGGCGACCGUCUUAAAGAGAUGACUCUAGAGGAGUUUAUGGAGGACAGCCCAGACCUGCAGGGACUUGUGUCCAGGUGCAAUGGUCAGUAUCAUGUCUUUAAUAAUGAGCUGGAGAAUCGCUCUCAGGUCACCGAGCUGCUUAAGAAGAUCAGAUCCAUAGUCCAGAAGAACGGAGGAAGUCACUACACCAAUGAAAUGUUCCAAAAGGCAGAAAGGGCAAUCGAAGAGGAGAAACAACGCAUCCUGAGAGAGAAAGAGGAACAAAUACGCAAAGAGAAAGAAGAAGUGAAGAAGAAACUACAAGCAGAAUAUGAAGAAAAGAUCAAGAACAUGAUGGAGAAAUUCCAGGCUGAAAUUGAGGAAGAACAAAGGAAAAGAGAGAUGGCGAGAACAACAGAGUUGAAUAGAAGCAAGGAGGGGACAGAGGGUGGGAAAAAGGAAAAUGAAGGGAAAGAGCGUAAGAGAGAAGAAAAAAUACAGACGGAGAAAGAAAUAAGGGGAGGGGGGGGGGAAGAGUUGAAGAAGGAACAGAACAACCUGGAUAAAAAAAAUCAAACCGUGGCCAGACAAAAAGAAGCUAUUCUACGAAAUGAUGAAGAGAUGAGGAUUGUGAUGGUGGGGAAGACUGGGAUCGGGAAGAGUGCCACAGGAAACAGCAUUCUUGGGCGUAAAUGCUUUGAAUCAAAGUUCAGCGCCACAUCUAUAACUGAUGAGUGCUCUAAGGCCAAGGCUGAAGUGGAUGGACAAACGGUUGUUGUUAUUGACACCCCAGGUCUCUUUGACACCAGGUGGGCCCAGGAUAAAACACAUAAAGACAUAAAGCAGUGCAUCUGCUAUUCUUCACCUGGACCCCAUGUCUUCCUGGUUGUCGUCAUGCUGGACAGAUUCACAGAAGAAGAACAGCAGUCAGUGCAGAAGAUCCAAGAAAUAUUUGGUCAGGAUGCAGACAAAUACUGCAUGGUUCUCUUUACUCAUGGCGACCUUCUUAAAGACACCACUAUAGAGGAGUUUAUGAAGGACAGUCCAGACCUGCAGGGACUUGUGUCCAGGUGCGAUGGUGAGUACCAUGUGUUCAAUAAUGGUCUGGAGAAUCACUCGCAGGUCACCGAGCUGCUUAAGAAGAUCAGAUCCAUAGUCCAGAAGAACGGAGGAAGUCACUACACCAAUGAAAUGUUCCAAAAGGCAGAAAGGGCAAUCAAAGACGAGAAACAACGCAUCCUGAGAGAGAAAGAGGAGCAAAUACGCAAAGAGAAAGAAGAACUGGAGAAGAAACUUCGAGCAGAAUAUGAAGAAAAGAUGAAAAAAAUUACAGAGAUAUUCCAGGAUGAAAUGGAGGAAGAGAGAAGAAACAGGAGUGAGCAGAAUACUAAGAAAAUGAUGAUGGAUAUGGCAAGAAAUAAGGACAGGAAAAAAGGAGAAGAGGGAGAUGGAGAAAAGAGAAAAGAGGAGAAGAGGGAGAUGGAGAAAAGAGGAGAAGAGGAUAGAGUGGGAGAGGAGAAAACAGGAGAAGAGCAAGAUGGAGAUGAAGAAGAGAAGAGAAAAGAGGAGAAGAGGGAGAUGGAGAAAAGAGGAGAAGAGGAUAGAGUGGGAGAGGAGAAAACAGGAGAAGAGCAAACUGGAGAUGAAGAAGACAAGAGAAAAGAGGAGAAGAGGGAGAUGGAGGAAAGAGAAGAAGAGGAUAGAAUGGGAAAAUGGAAAAAAGGAGAGGAUAGAGUAGAAGAAGAGGGAGAUAGCGAAGAGAUAAGACAAGAGGAUAGAGUCAGAGAAGAGAGAAUAGGAAGAGAAGAGGGAGAUGAAGAAGAGAAGAGAAAAGAGGAGAAGCAGCAGAAAAUGAUUCAACAAUUAAAGGCAGAGCAUGAAAGGGUUCUGAAAGAGCAAAUAGAACAGUUGGAGGAAAAGCAUGAGAGAAUGGCCAGAGAGAAAGCAGAAAUCGUUUAGCUCUUACACACAACAACAAAAGAAAACUAGAAAAUGUAAUUCCACCUAUAGAAUACAUUUGAAUCAGCAUUUUAUGAGACAUGUUGUCAGCUGUACUGCUGUGCUUUGAAGAAAUUGGUUAUUAUUAUUAUUAGGGGUGUGACGAGACACCCAGCUCACGAGACAAAACACAAGAUUGGGUUCACGAGAUCCAGACCAGACUUUAACAUUACUUUACAGAAAUUUUCAAUGCUGAAUAAGAAUUAAAAAAAUAGUACUUUAUUCAAUCAAAAGCCACAAAAUGAAAUCUGAGCACUAAAAGGUUUUGCCAUGAACUCAAAUGACUAGCUUUUCUCCUGUAUAACUAACAGUUAGACCGUUACUUAUUCCAUAUGUACGCAAAGAGAGUCUCUUCACUCAGAGAACCAAGGUUACUACAUAACCAAGCAUUUUCUUUUAGUAGUUGAGACCAAAUGUCUUGUACGUGAAUUUGUCAUUGUACCAUAGACAGAGAGAAAUAAAGCUUAUUUUACUAAUAUUUUAUAUUUAUUAUGUUGUAAAGCACAAAUAAAUAAAGACAACAGAUGAGUUUUGCUCUUUUCUCCUACUCUGCGUUUUAUUAAUUGUAGCAUUAAAGAAGGAGGUAGGCUACUUUUGUAUCGGUUUAUGACCAUUAUAGGACAAAGAGAGAACAGUUCCCUUUGUUUCUUACCAUUUAACGUAACGUUAGGUUUGGAUGUCUGCUUCCCAACUCAUUUUAACCCUAAGCAACCAAAAGGAUCCAAACUGUUACAGCCAAGAUUUAUCCACUUGAUAUACAUAAUUUAUCACGUUUUCCCUAAUUUCUGCAGCUAGCUCCAUGUCUUCUCUAUAUGUCCCGUGAUGCACUGUGAGUUUGUGUACAGAUGUAAAGGCACACAUUAUGCCUCAUUUUAAAAAAGACAGAGAAAGAGAGUGGUCCGUGUUUUCAUUGACCUGAAAAUCAGCUGACCUGUCUCCAACAGUGCAUAUCUGGUGGGCAUGCCAGUUGAUGGCAUGUCUUUACAUUAUUACAUUAUUGAUGCCUAAAUCUAAGUUGCUUAAAAGUUCCUCAAAGCAUUAAGCCUGUCCUUGUGUGCGAACAUACUUUAAAUAGAUAACUAAGACAGUACACUGUUUAGAUUAUGAA